GUCCGCCUCGAGUUCAUUUCGCUACGAGACGUUGACGGUUGUGGGAGUGAGUGAGUGAGCAGCGGCGGCUGGAAACUCCAGUCAAAAUAAAAUAAAAAUAAUUAUAAACACACGAGAGAAACAAUCAUAAUAUGGGAAUUACGAAUGGCAGUGUUAAUUAAUUUGUAAUCUAGUGUGUGCUUUAAACCAUCGUGAAUACCUUUAUAAACCGGUUCACAGUGUCACAGUAUCGUUGAGUGUUCGCAUAUUUACACCCACUCUAGUGGGUAUUUCCCCUCCGAAGUCGAAGUUUCUGUAUUUGAGGAAGGAGUGAGUGUGAGGUUGCCGAUCGUACACAUUAUGACAUUAUGAUUAUGAGGAUUUCUUGAGAAACCCCAUUGGUGUCCCAGGUACAAAAACUUGUAUGCGGUUACCCACCUUGAGAGCGGACCGGCCGGCCACAGACUCUUCCCGUCGCACAACAAUUUACAUAAGAAAUAAGACAAAAACCUGCUACAAAACACAUCCGACCCAAUCCGGCUGAUUCGAACGAAACAUCCCCAAUUCUCCAAGACCCAAAACCGAGUUUCGUUAUUGGUUUUAUUUUUGCCGGUACCGGUGUUGUCAAUCCACUUUUUCGCACACGCAAACCUUAAAAAACAACUGCAAAAAAAGAGAUUCAUUUAUUUGUUCAGUUAUUGCUAUAUCUACAAUAUAUGUGCAAAACCCCAACAAAGUUCUAUAUUGAUCUACGACGAGGAACGAACACUCUGCUGUUGAAUAAAUUAACAUUAUUCACCGUUUGCGAGAGCUUGAGAUCGAGAUCCAACAUAAUGCCAAAGCAAGUCCACCAAAGGGGUGGAUCCCUGUACUGUGGACUGACUCUCAUGGGAGUCGUGUGCCUCGUUGUGUUCCGCCUGCUGCCCGGCAUGUCCUUUGGGGUAUAUGCCAUGUCCGAUGAGCAAAACAUUUACCACAUUCGCGAUGGCCUGCACGUGCCCUGCACCUUCUUCGACACUGUGAACCUCACGGGCUACACGCCCUUCCCGAACGGCAGCUACUCGUACGAGGGUGUGCUGAUACCCAGCCACUUAGUGGGCCAGUACAACUACAUCUACAGGGAUCUGGUGGAGCGCGUGGAUGUGGACUGGCACCCGCGUGGCUGCAUCUGCAGGCUGAAGGCCUGCCUGAACAUCUGCUGUCCGUGGGGUCAGGUGUACAACAGCGACAAGGCGCAGUGCAUCAAUGACACGACGGACACGAGAAUCUGGCCAGAGCCCGUGAUGAAUGUGACCUUUGACAACAGCAGCACGCAGCCGGUGAACAUCUUCAAGCAGUUUGCGGUGCAGAGCUUCAGGCCCUGCCCCAAGAUGUUCUCCCUGCAGCCGGAGAUCAACGAAUUCGACGAGUAUCUGCUGUUCCAGAAUGGCUCAAUGCUCCGCCUCGACGAUCAUCUGUACAUCAACAAGAGCGAGUUCUGUCUGGUGGUGUCCUAUGUGAACCAAACGGAUCUCUACUACAGUCUCAAUCCAGCCAACUGUGAUGGAGACGGGGAGCAGACCACCGUGAAGAUCAUCAAUGCGUACGCCAUGCUGUUCUCCGUGCCCUUUAUGAUGCUCACCAUUGCCGUGUAUUUGCUGAUACCCGAGCUGAGGAAUCAGCAUGGAAAGAGUCUCGUGUGCUACCUCAUCGGUCUGGCCAGUGGCUACACGGCGCUGUGCUGCAUUCUGCUCAUGAAGAACCUCGAUCCGGAAGGUGUCUCCUGCAAGGUGAUUGGAUACACGGCCUACUUCUGCUUCAUGUCUGCCUUCUUCUGGCUGAAUGUCAUCAGCUUUGAUUUGUGGCACAAUUUCCGCGGCACACGCGGCAUCAAUCGGUUCCAGGAGAAGAAGCGGUUCCUCUUCUACUCGCUGUACUCCUGGGGAGCGGCCUCAAUGUUCCUGGUCUUCACGUGGAUCGCGCAGGAGCACACCGACUGGCCGUCGCACCUCAAGCCGGGCAUCGGCGCUGGCGAAUACUGCUGGCUGGACAUGCGCAAUUGGUCGGGCAUGAUCUACUUCUUUACGCCCAUUCUGGCCAUCAUUGUGGCCAACACGGUGAUGUUUGUGAUGACCUCCGUCAAGAUCCAUGGCGUGCAGCGGGAGAUGGCGCGGAUAAUUGCCCGCGAGGAUAGCACCAAGAAUCUGCGCACCGAAAAGGACAAGUUCGGACUCUUCCUGCGGCUCUUCAUCAUCAUGGGAGUCACCUGGUCCUCGGAGAUCAUCUCUUACUUUGUGGGCAACGACAAGAAGUGGUCGAAGAUCUUCUACAUCUCGGAUCUGUGCAAUGCCAUGCAGGGCUUCCUCAUAUUUAUGCUGUUUGUGAUGAAGAAGAAGGUCAAGCACUUGAUAACCAACAGAUGCUCGAGUGUUCGCGAUGGCAGCACUCAGCGUCAGAGCCAAUACUCCACCAAGACCACAUCGAGCAGCGUCGCCAAUCUGUCGCUGCAGGAGAAGCCCUCGGUGGAGAAGCCCCUGAUGAUUAGCCAAUCAUCCAGUGGGGAUCAUCAGCGCACGACCAGCUUUCGCUGAGAAUCAGACUCCCAUGGGGCUGGACUCGUGUCAAGCAUCAUCGAAUAGUUAUAUCUGGGGAUAACGUCAGCCAGAGCAGCAGCAGCCGCAGCCAUAUAUUCAGAUUGUACCCUGAUCUUUAUGAAAAGACAUUAAUAUAUAAGAGGAACACAAAAGUCCUCCCCAUCAAACCACACUCUCUCUCCCCCUCUAUAUACAUUAUACAUAUAUACAUAGAUAUAUGUAUAAAUGUGUCUGGCAGAUCAAGAAAAUUACAACAGAAGAAUGCGAACAACCUGAUAACUUUAAGUGUAAGAAAGAGCACCGCUUCGAAGCGCCAUAUCUAGUAUUUAUGUAUUUGAAAUGAAAUUAUUGUCGUCUCCAGAGAUCACUGUACUUCUCCGCCUCUUUUAGCUGUAAGUCACACAUACAUACAAACAUACUAAAGUAUAUCGAUGUGCCGUGAUGAAAUUAAGAUUUGUAUUCAUUCGUCUUUUCGCAUUUACGUACGUACCAUACCACGCUCCAUAUCUAUAUAGUCUACGAGUACUACUUCUAUUUGGUAUAAUAAAAAACCUAAACACACACGAAUAAAGCCAAAGAUAAAACUGAA